AUGAAAAGGGUCACAAGAACAGGCGCCGAGCUGCGAUUCAUAUCGCGUGCACACCUACGAGUGCGGCCCUUCCACCAUGCCAGUGUUGUGUCAUCGUCACCAGAAAAGGGCGGCACCUCACAUCAGAGCUUCGUCAACCAAGGUCAGGCCUCUCCGCAAGGGUCAGAUGGAAAUAAAUCAGCACUAUCGGAGAAGAAGGUCGAAUCAUCGAGCGCAGCAAAGAAGAAGACGGUCGCGGAGAUGGACGAGGAGUUGAGACUGAAGCUCGAGGGCAUGUCCGGCGAGGGCGGUGCGGCAGGCAUCGAGUACGAGGACAACGACUUCCCAGCUGACGCGGCACGAGUGGCAAGGUGGCAGAGGAACAGCACGGACUGGCUCUACUGCUGUGUGGGCUCAGAGUAUGGGAACGACUAUUCUUCGGCUUGUGCUGAUGGUGCAGACCCCUUCACGCUUGCCUCUGCCUCGUUGAUCUACGGGGUCGCAGCCCUCUCCAGCGCCGAGGUUAUUCCUAGUACCGCCAGCUCGACAGCAACAUCCGGAGCAUCAGCUUCUCCAGCGACAGCAACUCCAGCCGCCGCCAGUGGAACAGCCAGUUCUUCAGGUGACACAUGUUCGGACUCCGGAGCCCAAAUCGGUGCCAUCGGUGCUGGCGUUGGAGCGUCACUUGGGGUUAUCUCGAUUGGUGCGCUGCUGUGGGCUUUCUGGGAGCGCCGCCAGAGACUCAGGGCGACAGCAGCGCAGAUCGUAACCUUCCCCAAGCCAGGCUAUGAAGCACCAGACGGCUACCAGUACGCCAACCCAUCGACAACAACGACUAUUUCGCCCCACAUUUACAACACGCCGACAUCAGUGGCACAUCCACACGAGCUUGGCCCCAACGAACAAAAGGUUGAACUUCCCGGAAGCAUCACGACUGUUGGUGACUCCAGAGGUUAA